GUGUUUAUUAUAUAUACGCGUUUAUAUAUAUGAAUAAACGCGUUUAGUGAAAACCCAAACAAAAUAAAAGUUCUAACCACUGACACACACGCACAAAUAUGUAGGUUAUUUUAACGUAGCUGCUGCUCGCUCUACUCUUGUUGCAUACACAUGUGUACAAACAUAUUUACACAUUUUUCCUGUUGCGCCGAUAAAUACUGUGUGUAGUGUAGUGCCUCCCUCCAAUACAAAUAAUUUCAAAUCACAAUAUUCGUGCAUAUUAAAAUCGAUCUAGUUUUUGUGAUAAACCUUUGUUGAUAAUGUUUUUAGCUACAAUAUGUUUAUGUUUAAUUAAUUAUGCAAGUACAUGAUUCAAGCAACUGAAGUUGUAGUGUUUUUAAUAUACCUUUUCGUUUCAAAAUUUAUUUAUUAUUAUUUUUAAUAAGAUGAUCGCGGUGUACAAUGCGUCAUCAACACAUUCCAAGUUUCAGUUUUAUCGUAAAAACACAAGAAAUGUUUGGACGCUGUAUUCGGUUUUUGUACUUUUAGUGUAUUUAUUAACAGAUGUCACAAGUACUGAAAUAACAGCGAGGGAAGCAUAUUUCAAUGGAUCCGCCUAUCUUAGACUGCUAGCGCCAAUGCCAAUAUGGGAUCAUUCGGCGAUCAGUUUUCGUUCCUGUCGAGGUGGAGAAAUUCUUGCUCAACAAUAUAACAAAAAUUCAAUUGUUAUAUCAGUUUUAACAGACUUUUUACAAGUUUCACUUGCUGGACCUGCAGUCAUUGGUUCAAAUAAUAGACUUGAUGUUAAAUUAUCAUAUAAUUUACUCGAUAAUCGUUGGCAUACGCUUCAAUUUAAAUAUAAGUUUGGAAAUCUCUUUUUAUACGUGGAUCGUACUCCUAGAAUAUUUGCAAAUUCAACAUAUAAUAGUCAAUUUUUAACAAAUCAAGAUAUUGGCAAUGAAGCAGCAAUACUCAUAUUAGGUAACUCAUUUUCGGGUUGCUUACUAGAUGGUCCUGGACUACAAUUUUUAAAUGGCUCAAUGACAGUGCAAAAUGUAGUUUUUGGCGCUUGCCCAUUAGGCAAUGGUCCUUGUAGUGAUGUAGACAAAUUAUUAUAUGCUCAAGACAAUUUUUGCAACAAUGAUCCAUGCAUGGGGCAUGGUUUAUGCAUAUCACAUGCAGAUAAUUAUGAAUGUCGUUGUACACCACGUUAUUCUGGCAAAAAUUGUCAAAUGGAUAAUGGUUCCCCAUGUAGUAAGAGCCCAUGCCUCAAUUCAGGUUCCUGUUUAGAAGACAAUCGUGGUGAAUAUCAGUGUUUAUGCUUACCAAACCAUACUGGAAAACACUGCGAAACAGAAAUAAAUGUACAUCCUUUAUGUCAAUCAAACCCAUGUUUAAAUAACGGUGCUUGUGUGGUACCAGCGGGUAGUUCCAAAAUUGAAUGCGAAUGUCCGAAAGGUUAUUCUGGUUCACGUUGUGAAACUGAUAUAGACGAUUGUAUAUCUCAACCAUGUUUAAAUAAUGGACGUUGCAUUGAUAAAUUAAACGGUUUCACAUGUGAUUGCACUGGCACAGGGUUUAAGGGACCUUUUUGUCAACUAAAUGAAAAUGAAUGUGAAUUGAAUCCAUGUGUAAAAGGCGCUUGUUUCGAUUAUUAUGGUUUAUAUAUAUGCAAAUGCGAUGAUGGUUGGGGCGGUGAAAAUUGCGAAAAGCCUAUAAGUUGCCAAAAUCAACUUUGUUUAAAUGGUGGUACUUGUAUUAAUAAGAAUAUUGGCUUUCAAUGUGAAUGUCCAAAAGGUUAUAGCGGAGAACUCUGUCAACAAGAACCAACUUGUCCACAAUGCCCUAUUGACUCCGAAUGUGUAGCAGGAAAAUGUGUAUGUAAGCCAGGAACUGCGGGCCCUAUUGGUCAUUGUGUACCCACAUCAACAACAACGACUACUACAACUAUUAGUCCUUUGCCUACCGUACAGCAAGCACGUUCUGCCCAAUUGAAUGCAUGUCCAGCUGAAAAUUGCUUAAAUGGUGGUACUUGUAGUGGAAAUAUAUCAAAUUAUACUUGUAUUUGUGCUAGUGGAUACACAGGUUAUAAUUGUGAAAAAUCAGUGAUCGAUAGUGGUUUGGCAAAUAUGCAAGCGGGUUGUAAUGCUGGGGCUAAGUGCUUGAAUGGUGGAACUUGUUCAAUAAAUGGCACACAUUGUUAUUGUGCUAUUGGUUAUUCUGGUGAACGCUGUGAGAAAUUGGAACCAUGUAGUUUGAAUAACUGUCAGGAACCCAUGGUGUGUGCUCAGAACAAAUGCAUAUGUCCAGAAAAUAAAGUUUGCUCGACAUGUGCUUCACAACCAUGUCGUAAUGGUGGUAUUUGCACAGACUUAGGAAAUGGUGGGUUUGAAUGUAAGUGUCCAGCUGGUUGGACCGGACAAACUUGCAUUAAAGACGUGGAUGAGUGCUUAUUACAUCCUAAUAUAUGCGGAAAUGGAAUUUGUAAAAAUGAAGAAGGCUCUUAUAAGUGUUACUGCACUCCUGGUUUCACUGGCAUACACUGCGAUUCGGAUGUAGAUGAAUGUCUGAGUCAUCCUUGUCAAAAUGGUGCUACUUGUCAUAAUAAGAUUAAUGCCUAUGAGUGUGUUUGUAAACCUGGAUAUAAAGGACAAAAUUGUGACAUCGACAUUGAUGAGUGCGCUAGUAAUCCAUGUUCUGUUGGUUCGACUUGCAUUGACUUAGUAAAUAAUUUUACGUGUACAUGUAUUCCCGGUAUGACUGGCCGAUUUUGUGAAACUGAUAUUGACGAUUGUGUGGUUUCUGGAGCUGAUAAAUAUACUUCACCUUGCCAACAUGGUGGACGUUGUAUUGACGAACUAGGUGGUUUUCAUUGCGAUUGCACAUCUACAGGCUACGAAGGUCAAUUUUGCGAGCUAAAUAUAGAUGAAUGUGCUACAAAUAUGUGUAAAAAUGGUGCUGAAUGUAUUGAUCAAAUAAACGAUUAUCAAUGUAAAUGUUAUCCGGGUUUUAAGGGCAAAAACUGUGAAGUUGAUAUAAAUGAAUGUGAAAGUAAUCCUUGCUUAAAUAAUGGAAAUUGUUUGGAACGUUCAAAUAUGACAUUAUAUACUUUAGCUAAGAACACUGAUCUGCCAGAUGUUUUUAACUAUCCGUUUUCAUUUCAAAAUGCUAGUGGAUACGAAUGUGUUUGCGUGCCUGGAAUAGUUGGCAAAAAUUGUGAAAUAAAUAUAAAUGAGUGCGAAAGCAAUCCAUGCAGUAAACAUGGUACUUGUAAUGAUGGUAUUGGUACAUAUACUUGUGAUUGCGAUCCAGGAUUUGAAGGAAAACACUGCGAAAUAAAUAUUGAUGAAUGUGAAAGGUACAAUCCUUGUGUUAAUGGUACUUGUGUAGAUCAAACUAAUGAUUACGAUUGUGAUUGUGAUGCUAAUUAUGGUGGUAAAAAUUGUUCUGUACCCCUAGAGGGUUGUAUUAGCUCGCCAUGUUUAAAUGGUGGCUUUUGUAAACCAUUCUUGAUCAAUGAAACCAUACAUUUGUUUGAUUGCUCUUGCCAACACGGUUUCCAAGGUUAUACAUGUGAAAAAACUACCACGAUAUCAAUGGUAGUAAGUAGUCUAAUAACCGUAAAAACACAAAGAGAGGAAGGUUAUGAUAUUAAUUUACAAUUUAAAACAACACUACCGAAUGGAGUUCUAGCAUUUGGAACAUCUGGUGGGCAAAAUGAACCUGUUAGUUAUAUAUUAGAACUGAUUAACGGACGCUUAAAUUUGCAUUCAUCUCUGUUAAAUAAAUGGGAAGGUGUUUUUAUUGGUUCAAAAUUGAAUGAUAGCAAUUGGCAUAAAGUAUUUGUUGCAAUAAAUACAUCUCAUUUAGUUUUAUCAGCAAAUGAUGAACAAGCGAUAUUUCCUGUUGGCUCUUAUGAAACUGCUAACAGUAGUCAACCAUCAUUUCCGCUCACUUAUUUAGGUGGAACAAUACCUAAUUUAAAGUCCUAUCUACGACAUUUGACACACCAACCUUCCAGUUUUGUAGGCUGUAUGCAAGAUAUCGUAGUAAAUGGUAAAUGGAUCUUUCCAGAAGAACAUGAACAAGGCAUUGAUAAGAAUACCACCUUAACUAAUAUACAAAGUGGCUGUCCUAGAACUAAACAAUGUGAUCCUAAUCCUUGUCACUCAAAUGGCGCAUGCACUGAUCUUUGGCAUACUUUCUCUUGCACUUGUCAAAGGCCACAUUUCGGACAUACAUGCAAAUAUAAUAUAACGGCUGCUACUUUUGGUCAUGAAAAUACUACGCAUUCUGCGGUGAUUGUAGAAACAAAUGAUGUUGCUCGUAGAGCCAUAAGAUCAAUAUUGGAUAUUUCUAUGUUUAUUCGUACACGUGAGCCUACGGGUCAAAUAUUUUAUCUAGGCAGUGAUACAAGAAAGAAAAUUUCUAAAAGCACAAAUGAUAUUGGUGAUUCAUACGUUGCUGCUAAAUUACAUGGUGGAGAACUGUUAGUUCAAAUGCAAUUUAAUAAUACACCAGAAGCAUAUACAGUUGGUGGGAACAAGCUUGAUAAUGGUUACAAUCAUCUUAUCGAAGUUGUGCGCAACCAAACAUUGGUACAAGUAAAACUGAAUGGCACUGAAUAUUUUCGAAAAACGUUGUCUUCAACUGGUUUAUUGGAAGCACAAGUCCUAUAUCUAGGUGGCCCUCCACCCACUGCAACAGCAUCACCAGCGCCUACGGGGUCCGAUGGAAAUGAUACUAUAGCAGUGAAAGAGGAAGAGUAUUUUAAGGGCAUUAUUCAGGAUGUUAAAGUCAGUAAUGGAACUAAAACUAUGAUUGUUGAAUUGUAUCCUCUUGAAGAAGAAGACUUAACAUUACCACCACCGCUAGGUACAGUGGCAAUCGAUCGUUCAUCUGUCCUGAAAGGUCAAGUUUCUGAUGACCUUUGUCGUAAAAAUCCUUGCAAACAUAAUGCUGAAUGUCAUAAUACGUGGAAUGAUUAUGUUUGCAUAUGUCCUACAGGUUAUAAAGGCAAGAAUUGUCAAGAAAUUGAAUUCUGUCAACUGGUUAUAUGUCCUGGUAAUAGUGUGUGUCAAAAUUUGGAUGACGGAGGUUAUGAAUGUUUAACAAAUAUAACUUUCAAAGGUAACGAAAAGUCGCCAUUAUCAUUUAUAUAUUUCGAUGAUGACGGAUACAAAAAUGCUAUCAAACCUGUUGUCGAAAUGGCUUAUCGAUCACGUGCUGGUGGCACUCUACUGUAUAUUGAAAACAAAGAGAACUUUUUUGAAAUUGGUGUUAAUCAAGGACAGGUUACAGUUACAUGGAAAUUAAAUCAUACUCAACUUGGAGAAACAAAACGUUUUACAAAAGAUAAUUCAGACUUAGAAUGGAGUCGCAUAUAUUUAAGAGUACAAAACGGAAAACUAGAAGGUGGCUGGAAGGGUUGGGAAAGUAUGGUUGAUCCUUCACCUGCCUUUACUGCUGAUAUUGAUGAGUUGGCAUUCCAAGAACUUAUAUCCCAUGAAGCACAAGUUUAUUUGGGUGGCAUGCCCAAAUUAGAUAAUCGACAGGCGCGUGGUACGGUAUCAUCUCAACAAGGUUCUCAAUUUAAAGGAUGUUUAGGAGAAGCUCGCGUUGGCAAUCUAUUACUUCCAUAUUUCUCUAAUGCGGAAAUGUACCCUCCUACUGAAAACGUGUCAGUUCAGCUACAGUCGCAAUUCCGUUUGAACUCUACAAAACCCGAAGAAGGCUGUAUUCUAUGCUUCCAAAAUGAUUGCAAAAAUAACGGUUAUUGUAGUUCGCCCUCUGAAGAAUACUCCUGUACUUGUCAACCUGGCUAUGAAGGUGAUGACUGUGGGGUGGACAUUGAUGAAUGUUUAACCGCAAUUUGUGAGAAUAACUCCACCUGCAUUGAUAAAGUUGCUGAUUAUUUUUGUGAUUGUUUGCCUGGGUACGACGGUCGUAACUGCGAAAAUAAUAUUGAUGAAUGCGCAUCACAUCCUUGCUAUAAUAAUGGUAACUGCACUGAUCUGAUAGCAGAUUUUCGUUGCGAUUGUCCUGAGGAAUAUGCUGGACCACAAUGUGAUGUGUUAAAACAAGUAACAUGUGAAAACUACCCUUGUAAAACUGGUUCUACUUGUAAAGAUGGAUUCAAUGCAACUACAAAUAAUAAUUUCACUUGCUUGUGCUUGGAUGGUUUACAAGGAACGUUUUGUGACAAGCCAUUCUGUGAAGUGACACCUUGUUUAAAUGGUGGUCUUUGCUUGACAACAGAUCCAUUGGCACCGGUUUGCAAAUGCAGCCUUGGUUAUGCUGGAAGCUUGUGUGAAGUUGAUAUAAAUGAGUGCGAAUCGCAGCCAUGCAUGAAUGAGGGACAAUGUAUAGAUCUUAUUGGCAGUUAUGCUUGUAAUUGUACUGAUAUUGGAUUCGAAGGUGUUAAUUGUGAAAUCGACAUAGACGAAUGUGCUACAGGAGUUGAGUAUUGCGGAGGUCUUGGUCGUUGUAUUAAUUUACCAGGCACAUUUAAAUGUAUCUGUCAAGACUCAUUUUGUGGCUUAUAUUGCAAUUAUACAGAUCCUUGUAAAAAAGCUACUGAUAUUUGUAUGAACGGUGGAACAUGUGUUGAAGCUUGUAGUGAUGAAGCCGACUAUUUCUGCAACUGUACAGGUGGUUUUACUGGAAAGAACUGUUCAUUAUUGAUAACUGCAAAAGAUGAUGGACCAUCAACUGCUGACAUCGCAAUCAUAGUUAUUCCUAUAAUUGUUGUAUUACUACUUAUAGGGGCUGCACUAUUGGGCACAUUUUUAAUAAUGGCCCGAAAUAAACGCGCAACUCGUGGCACUUAUAGCCCAAGUGCUCAAGAAUAUUGCAACCCAAGGCUGGAAAUGGACAAUGUGCUUAAACCACCACCAGAAGAAAGGCUUAUUUAGUUUUUACUAUAUAUAUAUAUACAUAUAUAGAUAUUAUAAAUAUUGAUAGUAUGUAGAAAAUAUAUUUUGUAUUUGUAUGUUUAUUUCAUACGACGAAGCCGCCCAUUUUUCUUUUAACUUAGUAUAUAUAUCUGUUAAGUAAACUUCUCUAAAAAUUUUAGAUAAUUUAUAUAAAAAUUUUAACAAAUA